CGCGCCCCGCGGCGCAUGGCGGCCCCCAGUCUGCGGGCGGCGGCCGGGGCCCUGCGGAGAGUCUGCGGAUCGUGGAGCCCGCGCCCGGGACGGCACCUGCUCUGCUCUGCCCCCAUGGCCGGGGACGUGCGGGCCGCCGCCCUGGUGAGCGCCGCGCUGGAGCAGGACCGGAAGGCCCGCAGCGGCUGGCGGGGCGGGGCCCGGGCCUGGGAGGACCCCGAGCAGCAGGCCAAGAAGCGCCGGAGCGGCCCGGACGGGGAGCCGGACGGGGAGCCGCACAGGAAGCCGCCCAAGCGGAAGAUCGUGCUGCUCAUGGCCUAUUCCGGGAAGGGCUACCACGGCAUGCAGAGGAAUGUUGGAUCCUCACAAUUCAAGACCAUUGAAGAUGACUUAGUGUCCGCCCUGGUCCAGUCUGGUUGUAUUCCUGAAAACCAUGGUGAAGACAUGAGGAAGAUGUCCUUCCAGCGGUGCGCCCGCACAGAUAAGGGUGUGUCUGCGGCCGGCCAGGUCGUGUCCUUGAAGGUGUGGCUGAUUGAUGACAUUUUAGAAAAGAUCAACAGCCACCUUCCACCUCACAUUCGGAUACUGGGACUGAAGAGGGUCACAGGCGGCUUCAACUCCAAGAACAAAUGUGAUGCCAGGACCUACUUCUACAUGCUGCCCACAUUUGCCUUCGCCCACAAGGACCACGAUGUGCAGGAUGAGAGCUAUCGGCUGAGUGCCGAGACACUGCAGCGCGUGAAUGGGCUCCUCGCUUGCUAUAAGGGCACACACAACUUCCACAACUUUACUUCGCAGAAGGGGCCCCAGGAGGCCAGCGCUCGGCGGUACAUCCUGGAUAUGUUCUGCGAGGAGCCUUUUGUACGGGAGGGCAUGGAGUUCGCGGUAAUCAAGGUCAAGGGACAGAGCUUCAUGACGCACCAGAUCAGGAAGAUGGUUGGCCUGCUAGUGGCCAUUGUCAAGGGCUAUGCCCCCGAGAGUGUGCUGGAGCGCAGCUGGGGGGAUGCGAAGGUGGAUGUGCCCAAGGCGCCAGGGCUUGGCCUGGUCCUGGAGCGCGUGCACUUUGAGAAGUAUAACCAGCGCUUCGGCAACGAUGGGCUGCACGAGCCACUGGACUGGACACGGGAGGAGGCGGGGGUCACAGCAUUCAAGGAGCAGCACAUCUACCCCACCAUCAUCAGCACUGAGCGCCACGAAAGGUCCAUGGCCCAGUGGCUGAGCACCCUGCCCGUGCAUGACUUCAAUGCCACUGCCCACAUGGCAGUGGGCGCAGGCACCAAGGUGCCCAGCCCUCCAGAAGACAGUGACUGAGGUGGAGGCUGCCUUAAGAGUGCCUUGGGGUAGCCCACAGGUGCAAGGAGCCGCCACGGCGGGCCGUCCUUGCCACCAUAGGAGAGCCACACUGCGGCACUGCCACCUCAGGGUCGUGAGACCUGCAUCAUGUUGGGUUUCAUCACAGGAGGACCUGUUGCGAGUGUGUUCUUAGCUGUCAUUAACUGUAUACACCUCAGAGUGUAAAGACACUAUUUUUUUAAAGAAGCAAUUUUCUUAUUAAAUAAGACAAACUUUGUUUAAAUCA